AUUGAACACCCACAGUCAUGGCCGCAGGAGUUCGAUCAUUUAGAGAUACACAUGAAGCCAACGACGAUGGUACAGUUCUGGCAACGACGGUUGACGCGGCGGUUAGAAGCCGAGCACCGGCGCGGCAGGAUAAGGCAGAUGAAGGUAGUUCACGAGAGCAGUGGUCGGGCACAGAGAGAGAGAGAGGAUAGAGAGAGAAAUAUUUCUUUUUUUGAACUCCCCUUUGAUCCUCCAUCGAUUGAUCCUAAAGGGCUCUUUUCUUUGUUGUCUUUCUCAAAUCCUAUCGGAUUCUUGAGUGAAUUUACAGAGACUUGUACGAAGACUACUGAUGGCCGCGUCAAAAGAGAACUUUUCGGGUUUGAUCAGAUCUUCAAAAACUUAAG